AUGGCGUCCUCCGAGUUGCUGAAAUCCAUUCAAGCGGGCAAGAAACUGAGAAAAGCCGAGACAAAUGAUCGUAGCGCACCGUUGGUGGAUGCCCCGAAGGGUGCAGGAGGCGGAGGUAGGGUUGGUGGUGGUGUCGCGUCGUCAGCACCGUCGGCCCCAGCAAUCGGUGGUGGCGGAGGACCACCUCAGCUUGGAGGACUGCUUGCGGGAGGUAUACCCAAGCUGAAGCCGGUGGGGAGCGGACCAGCGAGACCGCCACCCAACCUCGGUAAACCACCUACGAUACCAAAGCGAAAUGGUGCGACGCCUGCGGCCCCAGCACCACCUGCACCGCCUGCGCCUCCCAGCCGACCAGCGCCGACACCCCCGCCUACCAGACCACCCGCCACACCACCUGCGCCCCAUGUUGCGCCCCCUGCACCUCGUGCACCCACUCAUUCUGCGCCGAAGCCGCCAUUCCUCCCGACUCGCGCCCCACCAAUCGCACCCACCCCCGCCGCCGCCAAGGGGCGAAUCAUCCGCUCCCAGCCUACCGCAACGCUCUACGUCGGCAUCGUCGGCACCCUCGACACCACCACGCGCCGUGCCUCCGCCGCCUCCUGCACGUCCACAUUCUGCCGCUCCAGCACCACCGCCACGCCCAUUAUCCAUGGCACCUGCAACUCCAGCGCGGAGGGUCCCUGCUCCGCCGGGCGCAUCAGGACGAGCCCCGCCUCCUCCGCCUGCUCGUCCCCUCUCUGCAGUCUCCCGCCUCCUCCUCCAGCGCGGAAACAUGCCCCACCCCCGCCUGCGCGGUCUGCAAACGCGGUGCCAGCGCCUCCGCAGCGCGUGCGCCAGCUCGUCGCAGAGUCCGAGCCGGCUCCACCCCCACCGCAUGCACCGUCUCCAGCCGCAAGGCACGCGACGCCUCCGCCUCCGCCUACUCGCACGGCACCGCCGCCGGUACGCAGUACGCCUUCUCCGCCUGCUGCGCCUCCUCCGCCACCGCCGCCUGCUGCUGCACCUCCCGCUCCGCCUGCUGCGCCCCCGCCGCCCCCACCUGGUCCUUCGCCUGCACGCGCCAGGACGAUCUCAACGCCUGCAAAGCCAUCUGCACCGUCCGCACCGACCAGCAGGACGCUGUCUGCGCCUGGUACGCCUCACAUUAAUGGUGCCAUGAACGGCACACAGAGGAAGAUUCCUUCUCCGCCGCCCACAGUUGGCUCGCACACCUUCCCUGUCUCAGGCUUACCGCCGCCUCGUCCGUUUUCGAAGACGGCAAGGAAGUACGGAGGCGGGAGACAGCGCGGCUCGGACUUUGAUCUCAGAGCGCUUUGA